AUGAGGUUCUCACAGUAUUUCGUGGCUUUGGGCAUGGCCUUGUCAGGUGCUGACGCCCUCACUAUCAACUCUGAUUCUUGCUUGAAGGCCGUUACUGGGGUUUCGAGCAAGACAUAUGCAUCUGACUGCAAAGCCUAUCUAUACACCACAGUGACACCCAAGAAAGCAACAAAGACUGUAACGAGCAUCCCGACAGUCCGGAAAUCAGUUACAGCAAUUAGCACACAGCGCGUAACAGCCACAAGGACCAACUCUGUCGUACAGAGCGUUACCAUUGAUAUCACUACUACUGUGACAAUGGAUGGUACCAAGACAGUUACCCAGCAGACCACAAAGACAAUCACGACCACUGCUCAGAACGUCAAUCCCCCAUUCAAGAAGCGAGCAGCCAAUGCGCCUGUCAUUCCUUCUUACGCCAGCAGCGCGUGCAGCAACUCGGCCAAGUACUCCUCUGCAUGUUCUCGUGUUGGUGUAACCAGCAAAAUCGUCACUCUUCCACGAACAACGAUCGUUUCAGUCAUCCACAAGGUUAUUAUUCCACGAAGGACUACGAUCAAGACUGCUAUCGCAACUGCUUAUGCCACCAAGACGGUCAAGACAGAGGUUGUCCAAGAGACCUAUACCACUGAGAAGAUCAACAAAGUUGUUGGAACGCAAGUAAAGGACAACAUUAUCGCUACUGAGACCAAGACCGAGAUCAGCACCAAGACCGAGGCGGCCGAUCCACUGCAAACAAUCUACCUUAUCGCACACGACAGCGGUGAUCCCAACCUCGCCCCCAUCGGCGGUGUUGGUUUCACCAACCUAGAGAACCAAAUCGGCACUGGAAAAUAUUUCCUUGACUUCACCGCCGACGUAUCUUCCGAUUUGACCUUCACCCUCAACCAACGCACAGGCGAAAUUAAACCCGUCAACGGGCCUGGAAGUUCCAAUGGAAAGAGUGCUUACUCCAACGUCAACGGAAACUCAGACAACUACGUGCGUGUAAUGUCGAUCGAGGACGCGACAGCGAAUCAAGCCAACAUCUUGGUCUGCAAGAUUAUCCCGGCGACUUCGUACCCCUUGGGCCUUCAGUGUUUGUGGGGGACUAAUCAGAUUGCCGAGUUUUGGACAUGCUCUUCACGAUUGGUCCUUGUUCAGCCAAGAGUCGAUUUCACGAGUCAGUGUACGGGUGCUUCUACCUCUUACAACGUUAACAUAGAGGUCCGCUUGGCUUAG